CCAACGAUCAAAAUUCCUCCCCUCCAAAAGAUUUCUACCCUCCAAACUUUAACCACUUUUUGAAAAACCAUAACAGACUACAUUACACACUGACCAAAACAUGGCAGCACUCUCUGCUAUAACAUUCACAACCUCAGGAAUUAAAAAACCCUCUUCAACACUAACAUGCGCGCUUUCUCUUUCAAGCAUACUUCUUCAUUUUCUUGUCUUUCUUAUUUGUCACAUGAAAUAAUGCGGACCUCUGGUCCUCGUCACGAUAAAGAAACAAAUCUGUCUUUGAAGUCCGUUUCUAAGACAAAGAAGUGCAUUCUUGAUGUGGGUUUUGGGUCUUUUAUCUGCUUCUGUUCUUGGUUUCUCACCAAUGGAUGCUGAAGCAACCAGAAUUGAGUAUUAUGCUACUGUAGCAGACCCACCAUGUGAAAUUAACUCUUUUCCCUCUGCCCUUGGUUACUGUGAUGUUCUGUAGGGUCAGGUGUGGUGGAUGCCCAAUAUAAUGAGCUCAUCAAUCAAGGAGCUAUCAAUGAUCUCACCGGAAAAACAACUUUUAAUAGGUAGAUGCCAAAUACCAUUGAAGCGUCACAAUCUUUGUUUUUCUUCCUCUCCCUCGAUACUGGUCCGUGACACUGCAAGAUUUGCUGAUGGUAUAGUCUUGAAAAGAAGCUAUAAACGCGACAGACCUCUCGCCAUGUGCAUUGGUGUUGGAAAGGUCAUUGGGAGAUUGGAUCAGGGAAUUCUAGGUGGUGAAGUGGUGCUCUCAAUGCAAGAAGGUGGAAAACAUAAGCUUCAUAUUCCUCCCCUGUUAGCAUAUGGACCAGAACCUGCAGGAUGCUUCUCAGGUGAUUGCAAUAUCCCUGGUAAUUCAACUCUUCUAUAUGAUAUCAAUUUUGUUCGAGUCCAGUCUAGGAAUAGGAGUAACAAAUAGAUGAAAGUCAAGUGUAGUUCAUCAAGUGAGUCUUCUCUUGUUUCUUGGAAAUGAUAUCAUUACACAUUGUUGGAUCAAUGCUGGGAUUGGAAUCCUGCAACUACUUGGAUUUCCAGAAGCAGCUCUUUUUGUAUACAGACUCACGAUUAUGGGAUCAAGAGCCAUGGCUGGUCAUGUAUGGAAAUUUACUUUUUGAAAGUGCAUAGUAGAGCAUAUUCUUCCCA